UACAACUCCGCUUUUCCUUAAAAUUUCAAAAUUUUCCCUCCCAAUCUACACCUAUUUCCCUCUAUCUCACUCUCUCAAUCACGAAUAGAAGAAUCUCGAAGUACAAGAAGAGCUCCAAUCAUUUGCUAUGGCGUCCGAAAACGAUUUUCAAGAACUUCAAUUCUCAGGUCUAACUCUUUCUUUAAAGAACGCGGUACUUCCUGCAUCGAUUAAUUUGAUGAAUAUGUCAUCUAUUGGGUCCGAUCAAUGAAACGAACUACCGUGUUUCCGGAUACUAGACAGAAGGUUGAUGGUUUUUCUGUGUUUGAGGCCGGGAGUCCUCAAACUAUCGACAACUGGCCAAACAUAGGUGGGAAAAUGGACAGUGAAUGUUUGCAAACUAGGCCAAAGUAUAAUAUACGCAAGAGUUUGGCUUGGGAUAGUGCCUUUUUCACGAGUCCAGGAGUUCUGGACCCGGAAGAGUUGUUCCAGACACUUAAAUUAGGGAAUACAGGAAAUUCAGUUGACUUACUUGGGAACGAGGAACAGAAGGUUGUGCCGUUUGAGUCACUGGAAGCAGAAAGGACAAAUGGAAUUUGCAAAUCCAAUCUUCGCAAAAGUUUAGCUUGGGAUAGAGCCUUUUUCACUAGUGCAGGAGUUCUGGAGCCCGAGGAAUUGUCUAUAAUAAAUGAAGGAUUCAAGAAUUUCGAAUCACAUCCACUUCCUGGGAUUGAAGAAGAGCUAUGGAGGUCUGCUGAAUCAAACUCUACUGUAGACAGUGAUGGCUCCCCUUUAGCAAGCCUUGAGAUGGAUCUGUUUGAAGACAUAAGAGCAGCUGCACAUAAAUUAACUCAAGUAUCCAAUGCAACAACUCCUAGUUCCAAUUUGCAUAGAGGAAGACACAUGAAAAAUGUCCACUCGUCAAAGAAAGAUGAUCAUUCCUCUCAAGUUCGGAUGAAACACACGCCGACUUCCAGAGGGAAUAGUUUCGCCAGACGUGGCCUAGGAAGGGUCGCAUAUGAGUCCUCUGUUUCAGCUCAAUCUCAGCAUGGUGCUGGCACUGGAGUACACAAUCCAAAAUGUGCCCCUGGGAUUGGGGAAUUCAAUCCAAAGCAUGCAGCGAAAAAUGGAGAGCCGCAUCUUUCAUCAUCCCUCAAGCCCCCAAAGAUAUCAGGUCGGACUGGGCAAACUUUGAAAGCCCUUGCCAAAAGGGCUUCUUUGGGUCCAAACCAUGUCAAAUUGGAAACUCCAACUCUGAAAGCCACAUCUGGGGCCUGUUUGACUGUUUUAAAGAAACCUUAUCUGGGGCUCUCAUCAAGCGGGAUCCGUAAUUCUCUUCAGUCAUCUUUGUUGAGUUCUCCCACUGCCAUAACUGAAUCCGCAGUUUCUAGUUCCCCACACAGCAGGUUCUAUUGCUCUGCAACUGAUAUCAAAUCUCCUUUAAGCUAUUUGAGAGGAACUGGUACUGAGCGUGCCAAUUUGGUUUCCACCUCCUGUACAUCACCGGUUAGUUCCAUUGAUGGAUGCUUGUUCGAAUCAUCUUCAACUUCCACGAACCAGGGAUCAAAUAAGUCUACAGCAUGGUCUGAUACUACAAUUGAGACCCAUCAGCAUGAUGAAUACCACAUUGGCUGCGAAUGCCGGGAACAAAGUUCUCCGUUUCAAGUUUCCAAGAAAAUUUUAGCAGAAAGUAGCCCCGGUCCUUUAGAUGUUUUAAGAAAUAGCAAACCUUCAUGUCUUAAAAGGCCAUCACCAAAGAUUGGAUUUUUUGAUGCGGAAAAUUCAACAACGCCGAUAUUAUUACAUCGAGGUCCACAGUUUCAUUCGGGUGUACUAAGCACUUCAUCUAAAAGUGGAACCGGUAACAACCCUGAUGGAGAUGGCAACAAAGCAGAAUAUGGCAAGCUUCAACCUACAAGAAAAUUAAAAGGGCCUUCACAUCCUUUGCAGUUCGGGGAAGCAGGAAAAGGUCUCCUGCAAGCAUCUGCCUCCACGAAAGAUAGUUUUGCCACAGCUUCCAGAGCUCAGAAUAAAUUACCCGGCAGAAUGGGCAGCAAACAUUGCUUGAAACCUAAGAGUUUGAGCAAAAUGGGUGCAGCGUGUGAGGAUCAGGGCUCCCUAAAGGCCAAGCAGCGAUCUUCAAGAAAGCGUGAAGAUUCCAGCGUACGAUCUACUGAAACGAAGUUGCAUGCAGUCGUUGAAGAGAAGGAAAAUUUUUGUGGGGUCAAAAAACAGGUCGAUAGUUUAGGCAGACGUAUUGGAGCCUUUGAUCUCAACAGUGAGAUGGUGAUAGAGCUAAGAGAGAAGAGGGGAUCCUCACUUACUGCUCAUCCUCUUCAGUAAUUCUCCAAUCCAUGCAUCGGUAACACUAAUUUAUCCAGGGUGGGGGGACCUUUAUUUAUAACAAUAAUAAAACGCUAUUCUGACGAUCAUGUUGAAGCUGAACCGAUUCCUAGUUCUCCUUGGCCGUCUAAGAUUUCUUUGACAAUACAAGGGGAUUAUUUGAGCAGCAAAUAGACUAAACGUGUAAAAGAAAGUAGAAGAAAAGUGACGAGGAGGCAUAAAUUUUGCGAGUAGAGGGAAAUGUGGCAGAGAAGGCAGAAGCCGGACAAAUUGCGUUUAGAUGAUGGGACGCGAGACCAUAACCGCCGCAUUGUGGUUGAUCAUCUUUGGUCUCUGAUGAUUUGAUGUUGCUGUUAAUACCUUGGCCUCGAAUGCAAACAAUACAUAGUUGAUCUUUCUAGUUUAUCUUGUAAAUUGAAAACCCCGAGCUCUGUUGGGUCAAAGAAGCCCAAUCGUAUAAUUAUUCGCUUUUAAACUGCAAUCCAUUGGUCCGAUUUAUAUCA